GAUGGAAUGGGAUGGAUGUGACACACAGGCAGAACGCCGAUGAACACCGCACCGCCAACGGCUCUGACCAAUUCCGUUCAGCAUAUCGCGAUGCAAUUAACCCGAGCUACCGACCCAUGACGAGAGCUUCAUCUUUUCAAGAUGCUGUACUUUAGCUUUCAAGUGUUGCUAAGGUCCUACCAUAUUACUACCUAUACUCUCUAUAGUAUACUGUGGUAUACUGUGGUAGAGCAUAAUAGAACCGUGAUAUUCGAGUAGUAUACCUAGUGGAACCGUAAUGGACAAUACUCCCCUUUUGAGCAAGUAUAUGAGGACCUACUCGAGGACCUACUCGAGGACCUACCUACUCGAGGACCCACCCAGGUAGAAAGCACCUACUGACAAUGGCUAUAUCUGAACCUGCACAUGCCAAAACAAAACUAAGCCUGGAAGUGCUUUCCUGUUUCAAUUGCACGCACGCCAUAGCACGAGACGUCGAGAACCCGCGCUACUGGACUCCUCGACCAAUAUUCCUGCCUUCAUAUAGCUAACUUUCCUCAAAGGUGGGACACGGCCACUACGGCGCCUAGGUAGUGAAGUCCGGAGCAGCGGGGUCGAAAUCAAUGGAUUCAAUGGAAUGCGACGGGAUGUUGGGGGGAUCACUUUCUUCCUUCUUUCCAUUGUUUGUAGCGGAAUCAGACCUCUUCUCCAGCCAUCGGGUCUAUUCAUCUGACUCUUCUCGCUCUUCCGUCUUUGGAUCACCAUAAACUUCUGCGCAAAGCAAUAUGGAGCCUUCACCCCAACAACACAUCCCGGAACAGCCAAGGUAUAUCAGCUUCCCCAGUCUGGAACAUGGUACCAAAGGCGAAGAUGGCAAGCUCGCCUUAAAUCGUUGGAGCUCUCUUGUGACGAGAGGUAAGCCUGGCAAGGGCGCUUCUUAGAUAGUCAGUGCAAAACGAUACAAUACUCACAUUCCCUCAUAGGCCAUGACUUUGCCGGUGCCCAGGCCAUGCUCUACGCUGCUGGUGUGCCCGAUAAAGAGUCCAUGAAGUCAGCUCCACAUGUUGGUAUAUCAACAGUAUGGGUAUGUAGCUAUAGAGGAUUGGUGGAAUCACCCGUACUUUUCUCGGGCUGAUAUCAAGUCUUAUACAGUGGGAAGGCAAUCCUUGCAAGUAAGUCACAAUGCCCCGAAAUGGAAUGCCACCAAACUGACAUUUUGUAGUAUGCAUCGUACGUUCCAUGCUGCUGGCAUUAUGUACUUUUCUAACUUACAUAGUACAUGACCUUGGAAAGAUUGUCAAGCAAGCAGUACAGAAACAGGGGAUGCUAGGUUGGCAGUUCAAUACCGUUGGAGUCUCUGAUGCGAGUCAGUUGAGUUUCUCAAUAAUUAGUAACACGCGGCUGAUAAUAUCUAGUUACAAUGGGAGGAGAAGGUUUGCUAGCCAUCAUCAAUUCUAACCUGACAAGUACUAACUAAACGAGGCAUGCGAUUUUCUUUACAAACUAGAGAAAUCAUUGCCGAUUCAAUCGAAACUGUGUAUGUAUUUUCCAGCGUACAGUGACUACCAUCAAUGGCGAAAUGCGGCUUCUCUGGCUCCUUGUUUUUGCUUAGCUCGACGUUUGGCUGAUACUCGAUCCAACCAGUACUUGUGCACAACGCCAUGACGCAAAUAUCUCCAUUCCAGGCUGUGACAAGAAUAUGCCGGGUGUCAUUAUGGCAGCCGCUCGACACAAUCGACCUUUCAUAAUGAUAUAUGGAGGUACCAUUAAACGAGGUUACUCUAAGCUUCUAGGCAAAAGUGUCAAUAUCGGAACUUGCUAUGAAGCUGCGGGCGCCUUUGCUUACAACACACUCCAUCCAACUGAAGAAGCUGCAAAGAACGGUGCUACUCCUAGUGAUGUAAUGGAGGAUCUAGAAAAGAAUUCUUGUCCAGGUGCUGGAGCUGUAAGCUAUUUUGAAUACGUCUACCGCUGAGAGGCAGAUAUCCUAACGAGUCUUCUAGUGCGGCGGAAUGUUCACGGCAAAUACCAUGUCUACAGCAAUUGAGGCAAUGGGUCUUUGUCUUCCGGGAUCAUCUUCUAAUCCUGCAGAAUCGCCUGCCAAGAUGCGCGAAUGCGCAAAUGCUGCUGAGGCAAUCAAAGUCUGUAUGGAGAAGAAUAUUAGGCCAAGAGAUCUCAUGACCAAAGAAUCGUUUGAGAAUGCUUUGGUCUUAACGAUGGUACUUGGAGGAUCGACAAAUGGAGUUCUCCACUUUUUAGCUAUGGCAGGUACUGCUGAGGUACCCCUCACUCUAGACGAUGUUCAGAAAGUGAGUGACAGAAUACCAUUUCUUGCAGAUUUGGCACCUUCUGGCAAGUAUCUCAUGGAAGAUCUAUACGAUAUCGGUGGUACUCCAUCAGUGUUGAAGUUUCUCGUUGCUGCUGGACUAAUUAAUGGCAAAAUCCCUACCGUCACGGGUAAGACUUUGGGAGAAAACUUGGAACCAUUUCCUUCCUUGCCACAAGAUCAAACCAUUAUCCGACCACUUUCCAACCCGAUCAAGAAGAGCGGACAUCUCCAAGUUCUACGAGGCAAUCUCAGUCCAGGUGGGGCUGUCGCAAAGAUCACUGGCAAGGAAGGCUUAAGCUUCACUGGUAAAGCUCGUGUUUUCAACAAGGAACACGAAUUGAACAGUGCUCUUGGAAGGGGAGAAAUACCCCACGGAGAAAAUCUAGUUCUCAUUGUGAGAUAUGAGGGUCCCAAGGGCGGUCCCGGAAUGCCAGAGCAGUUGACAGCUAGUGCUGCCAUCAUGGGCGCUGGAUUGAAGAACGUGGCACUUGUCACUGAUGGUCGAUACUCUGGAGCAAGUCACGGAUUCAUUGUCGGCCAUGUUGUGCCAGAAGCUGCUGGUAAGAUAUCUUCGUUGCUGGGUCAUGAAUGAUGCUAACCGAUAUAGUUGGAGGACCGAUUGCCGUGGUUCAAGAUGGAGAUAUGGUCACCAUCUCAGCUGAGACGAAUUCUUUGAGCAUGGAUGUGAGUGAUGAAGAAAUCGCGGAGAGAAUGAAAUCUUGGAAGGCUCCAAAGAGUGCUGUGAACAGAGGAGUUUUGGCGAAAUAUGCAAGAUUGGUGGGAGAUGCUAGUCAUGGUGCUAUGACUGAUCUCUUUUGAAUGUGAU